UUCUUCUUUUGAUGACGACUUGCAUGAUUGCAGGACAGAUAGUUGAAAUUUGCAAAUAGGACACACUCGCUCGAGCCGAGAAAUUGGAAAUAGCACCUUACUUAUCGAGAUUUCUUUAUGCCAGCUUAACCCAAGGAUGGCCACGGCGGCUGGCCGCUCCAGAGAGCCGACGCCCAGCACGAUGCGCACCUGGCACGUAGUCGCGCUCGCUGCGGUCGUGCGGGCGGUGCUAAUAUGCUGGGCAGAGUACCAGGAUAGCCGGAUGGCCGUCAAGUACACAGAUAUCGACUAUGUCGUCUUCACGGACGCAGCGCGGUUCGUGGCGAACGGGGGCUCACCCUACCAGCGCGCGACGUAUCGCUAUUCGCCGCUGCUAGCGUACUUGGUGCUGCCCAACAUCUGGCUGCACCCGGUUUUUGGCAAGGUGCUUUUCUCCACAGCCGACCUGUUGGUCGCGGGCCUCCUUUCCCACCUGCUGCGCGCAACCGGCGCCUCGCCGCGCCUCCGCGCCAUCGCCACUGCAGCCUGGCUGUUCAACCCCUACACAGCCACCAUCAGCACGCGCGGCAGCUGCGACGUGCUGAGCGUGCUGCUGCUGCUGGGCCUGCUGGUCAUGCUGCUGCAUGGAGCUGACGUGGCGGCGGGCGCGUUGUACGGACUCGCCGUACACUUCCGCAUCUAUCCCGUCAUCUACGGACCGGCUAUCGUACUGUUCCUGCUGCGACGCGCCGCCGUACGGCAGGGCCUGGUCCGGCUUCGCCCGGGCAAUGCCAGCAGCAGCAGCAGUAGCAGCAGCAGUAGCACUGGAGGCGGCGGGAGGGGCAGUCUGCGGCAGUGGGCGGGGGCGGUGCGGCCGGCGGCGGCGUUCUGCCUGGCGGCAGCGGCAACGUUUGCGGUUCUAGGCGCCGCGUUCUAUUAUUUGUACGGGAACGCGUUUUUGAAUGAGGCGUUCCUGCACCACCUGGGUCGGAAAGAUCCCCGCCACAAUUUUUCGCCAUACUACUACCCAAUUUACCUGCAAGGCUAUGCCGCUGCUGCGCCCGGCAGUAGCAGCAGUAGCAGCGCCGCCGGGCUUGCAGCCGGCGGCGAUGGGGCUACAUCCAUGCCGCCGCCACCGCCGCGCCCGGGCCAAGAUGGGGCGGCAACAGCAGCAGCAGCUGCUGUUGAGCUGGCGGCGCGACUGCUACAGCCGCUGUGGGGCCUGAUGGAGCGGCUACUGCCGCUGCAGGAGCCGUGGCGGCUGGCGGCGGCGCCGCAGGCGGUGGCGCUGAUGGCGCUGUCAGCGGCCUAUCACGCGGACCUGCCCUCCGCCUGGCUGCUGCAGACCUGGGCCUUCGUGACCCUGAACAAGGUGGUCACGGCGCAGUACUUUGUGUGGUACCUGUGCCUGCUGCCGCUGGCGCUGCCGGCCCUGGCGGCGCAGACGGCCGUGCCCGCGGCGGCGCUGGUCGGCGGCGGCGCGGUGUGGGUGGCGGCGCAGCUGCACUGGCUGGGCUGGGCGUACCAGCUGGAGAUGAAGGGCCGCUCUGUGCAUGUGGGGCUGUGGGCUGCCGGGCUGGUGUUCCAGCUCGCCAACACCGCCGCCGUCGUGCUGCUGGCGCGGGCACUCAAGGGCGCGGGUGCGGCGGCGGCGGCGGCGCCCAAGGCGGCGGCGGGCUCCGCGGGCCCGCAGGCGGCGCCGCUGACGGCAGGGCAUGGCGAUGCGGCGGGCGUGGAGGAUGAGGGUGGCGAGGAUGAGGGCGGCGAGGGUGCGGGCGGUGAGGGCGGUGGGCGGCGGCAGGUGCUGUCGUUCCUGGAGGCCAGCCUACGGGUGCAGGGUGUUCUGGCGCCGCCGCCGGGGGGGCAGCGCCUGGGCCCCGGGUUCGUGUCGCCGGAGCGCAAGCAGCAGUAGCGGGCUGGCCAGGAGCAGGCGGGCUGGGCGCAUGCAGGCUGGGAGCGGGCACAUCAGGAGCAGGCGGGGCAAUGGCGGACACAAGCAGGAGCCUUCAUUCCAUGCACACGCAACGCAAUGCCUUCAUUUCAUGCACCCACAACGCAAUGGUGGCUGUGGACCCUGGGUACCUCUUGACCACGGCGCGGCACGGUCUAGGUUUGCAAGUACAGUUUCGCACCGUGUCCGCCUUGUCUGCAUGCAUGCGCCAAUGCAUUGGCCGUACGAACACAUCGCACGUGCACGUGUACGAACGCAUCGGACGGACUAAUGAACGAGAUUCGGUGCGGCAACAAGGGCUGCUGCGAAGAGUAGUGGCCGCAGCCGUAUGUGUCCUAAGUGGAUGGCGAAUCGCCAUGCCAGCCAACCGGGUACACACAUACCGCAUGCGCACCCCAGCGUUUCAGCAGGUGGCAAGCGGCAUGUAAGGGCAAGAUAGGGCGGAGCUGGCAGGGGCAGGCAGCGCGGCUGGUGUGAAGUAAGACUGAGCAGGCGUGGUUACACACAGGGACGGGCUGGCGCCGUAUUUGCGGCUCUGUGUGGCGGUGUGGCCCCUGUGUGUGAUUGUUGUGUGCAUGCUGCAGUGCGCCAUGGUCGCACCUGUGUGCUGAGUUGUUGACGGCGUUGGUAGCAGCAGUGGGCUUAACCGUAUAAGGGCGGAUGAGGUGACGGGCGGAUGAGGUGACGGGGGCAGAGUGCUACUGAGGCCUGCGUUGCAAUAGUAGCAGCCCAGCAGGCUAGGUGCAAAGGUGUUGGCAUGUUGAUCGUCGGUUGCACCCAGACCUUCAGAAGGCAAUGUCGAGUCCGGUAUGCAACAUCGUGCGUUGUGUCCGUUGUCCACUCAUGCU